AUGGAUUCUUUGGAUCUUUUAGCGCGAGAAAAUGAAUUCAAAAAACUCAAUAAGCAGUUGGAGAAGAAAACUGAAAGUCUAAUGAAGGAAAUAGAGAAUGUGAUGCAAAAGCAAGAUAUUUUUUCAGAUACACCACCGAAUCUUAGAAUUACUCCUUCGCCCAACAAUUUAAAAAAACAUUGCUGUGAUUUAACAAAAACAACCACGCCAAACAGCUUGCAUAAGAGCAAUAAAGAUAUCAUCAAAACCAAAACAAAAGCAAAAUUAUUAGCAGUUAAGCUGGAUGAUAACACAUCUGUACAGGACAAAGAUCAAACUAAGUACAAUUCUGAAUGCUCCAAGCAAGUCACAUGCCACCAUUGCUUAUUUGAUUCAAAUGAGAGGAUGCAAAAUGAUCUAGAGUUUUUAUAUGCAUUUGUUUCUGUUAAUGUUAAGAACAACAUACUGCCACACUCAUUUUUAAAAGAGAGAGUAACAGUGGAGAGUGUUUGCAAGUUCUUAUCGGCGAAAGUGCAACUCAUGCAGGAACAGUUGGAUAAAAUGCAAAGCACUAUUGACAAAAAGACUCAGCAAUGCGAGAGUCAUCUCACUCAACAGGCGGAGUUGGAGAGUGAGCGGAUGACGCUGUUGAAUAAGGCGAACAGUAUGCGAGCGGAUACAGCUGAUAUGAGAGCCAAGGUCUUGACUCUACAGGGUAAACUUGAUGACAAGGACCGUCUGUACAAAGAACAAAGAAGCACCACAGACAGACUGACGAGCGAACUAAAACAAAUCAAAAGUAAAAACGCCAGUUUGGAAGCCCGAUGCGCCUCGCAAGAAGAAGCUAUCGCCACGCUUAAGCAACAGCUGGAAGCUGCUAGAAUAGCAGAGAAGAACGCUCUGUUGACUGCAGAGGGCGCUUUGAAAGCUCUGGAAAAGGAAUACAGUAACUUAUUAAAUCAAGACUUUUGA